UUCUAUUUCAGUGUAGUUUUGUUCUGUUCUGAACAGAAAUGCAAGUGUGAUUUUCUCUGGAGAUUCUGGUGGAGGGAAGAGGUAGAGUGAGAUGGCUUUUUCAUUGUCGAGAAAACUCCUACGCUCUUUGGGAUCUUUAUCUGCUUUCAAAUGCUGUGAAUUUUCAAAGGCGAUGAUUGAUCGAUCAUUUCAAGCUUCUAGUGGGCUGUUUGGUUCUGUUGCUGUCUUAUCUGCUUUGGAAUCCUCUACAUUUUUCAAGGGUGGUCAAUCUUUUCUCCAUGGCCGGGGUUUUUGCACUUCCAUACUUACUCCUCACGCAAGUGAAGGUGCAUUUCCUCCGGAGUUCUUAUCCAAUAAGACCGUGCUAACUCCUGAUCGUACACCAGGAUGCUAUGAGGACCUUGUAAUACCGGUGACAAAUUUUCUUAAUGAAGACAAAGGCUUCAUGGUUUUAGCUGGUGACGUUUUUGAUGUACCUAUCAGGAAAGAUAUUGUUCACCGUGUAGUACGGUGGCAACUUGCAAAGCGACAGCAGGGAACACAUUCAACAAAAACUCUCAGUGAAGUCAGUGGGACUGGGAAAAAACCAUAUCGACAAAAGGGCACAGGGCGAGCAAGGCAUGGGACAUUGCGUGGGCCACAGUUUAGACAUGGUGCUACCAUGCAUGGCCCGAAGCCACGAAGUCAUGCAAUCAAGCUUCAAAAGAAGGUACGGCGCUUAGGACUUAAAAUUGCUUUGUCAGCUCGGACGGCCGAAGGAAAGCUUGUGAUUUUUGAAGAUUUGGAGGUGCCCACCCACAAGACCAAGAACAUUGUGAAUUAUGUCUCGCAAAUGGAGAGCACAAAGAAACUUUUGCUGGUGGAUGAUGGUCCAAUCAAUGAGAAGCUUAAGUUAUCCACACAGAAUCUUCACUAUGUUAACGUACUCCCUUCAAUUGGGUUGAACGUGUACAGCAUAUUGUUGCAUGACACUCUGGUGAUGACACGUGGUGCCGUUAAUAGGAUUGUUGAGCGGAUGCACACUCCUAUCAAUCGCUGAAAUGUGCAAAGAGGAGAUUUGGUAUUAUUUAUUCUCUACUAGGGGAAUUAUUGCAUAUGGAACCUUCUGUUCCUUAUCAUGCUUUUGUAGUUUCGAAAAACAUUUUGUAUUUGAUAGUUUCAGGUGACAUGCCCCAUCAGGGUCUGUUGAUAGUGUUGUCUUCCUGCUGAGGAUUCAUUAAGGAUAUGCAGAACAGAAUUUUUUUUUGAGGAUUUCAACUGUGACUACAAAACAAAGAUGUUGCAGUUUUUCAACUUCUUAACUGCUGCACAAUUUGCGGACAAUUGCAAAAUAAAUUUGAUGCUUGAUAGUA